CAAACAGAGGAAACUCUCUUGACUAUAAUUUAUGCUAUUCUGUAAACUAAAUGUAUAGUGCAAGUGGAAGUGGGUGUUUAUUAUUGUUGUAUAUAUACAAGCCACCUCCUGAUGCAUGCCCCAUGCAUGACAGGAAAUCAUUGUGUAUAAUUAUUAAUUGCAUUCCACAGCCAUUCAAGCAGCAAAAACCAGACCAGACCAGCGGAAAACCAGAUCAUACUGAAGCAAGGGACAAGAUGAGAAGCAGUACACUGUCUAUAUUAUGUUCUUUGUUGGUGCUCCAGCAGCUGGUGUCUGGACAGCAGUGUGGUACAGUCGGUCGUGUGGGCAGUACAAGGACUGAUAACAGGAAUAGAGCGCGAAAUCAGUUCUUCAUUGAUCGUGGUAAUCGUGCUGGAUGUGCUGGGAUGAUCACCUCACUCUCUUACUGUUUCCAUCGACCACCAUCGACUGGCCCAGUUGCUAACGAGUACCUGACUACAGUUGCUGUGUACAGACCAGCAAGUACCAAUGCAAAUGAGACUGUAUUUACUGUAGUUUCUUCACCGAUUACAAUACGAAAGUCAGCAACAGACCUUGAAGCUGAAUUGAAUAAUGCUACUAAUACUAACUUUUCCUGCUCUGCAUUUAACCUACCACAACCAAUAGCCAUGGCGACUGGUGAUGUUCUUGGAGCGUGUGUGUUUGACCCUGAUGACAGUACAAGCGGUGUCACAACUUUUCGUCUUGAUAUAGUCAGUAGAGCUGAUCCCGAUACUGAAGACGUUGUGAGAACUUUUACACAUGAUUCACAGCCCAGUAGUACCCCUGCUGGCUGCAGUGCUACUACUGUGCCAAGUUCCUUCGAUGCAGAUGCAUCUGAUAAUAGUACUAGCACUCGCAGAUCUCUUCACCUCUGGGCAAACAUAGAAGAAGAGGAAGCAACUAUGGGAGUGACUACCAUGGACUCGACUACAAUGGAUGGUUCUAACGUAGCAACCAUCGUCAUUGCUGUGGUAGUCGUGCUCAUUGUUGUGGUCAGCAUAGCUGCCGUCGUGGUGAUAGUCAUCAUUCUUGUGUCAAAGAGGCUGAAAAAGAUCAAGAAAUCAUACGCAAUGACCAACAACUCAGUAGACAACCAGUUGUACUCGGCAGUAGCUGGUGCUGAAAGCUUGGAGAGAGCUAAACGGGAACAGCCACAGCAACAAGGCAGUCAGUGGCCCACACAGUCCCAGGAGCAUGUGUAUGAGUUUGAGGGGGCGUUCAGUCCUAACCGGUCAAUGGAGCCCACCACCUACGCUGAAGUUGGGCCCUUUGGUGCAGUGACUGGCUGUGAGAUUGUGUAUGAGUCUCCACUGGAUGCCCCGGCUAUCAGCUACAAUAAACUGUUGGAAAAGAACAAGAAAGAGGACAUUUAUGUCGGAGAAAAUCCGUACGAAAAACCAGCGUCUAGAGAGAAUGAUAUCUAUGCUCAGUUGCAGACCUGGAGGGUGACACACUUGAACAGAGAAGACAUUAAGAUUGCUGGUCACCUUGGGUCUGGUCAGUUUGGCAGUGUGGAGCAAGGAGUGUGGAAGAGACAGGGAACUCAACCAGUGGACGUGGCACUCAAGAGUCUCACCAAAACAUCAGAAGAGGACAAAAUCAAGUUCCUCCAAGAAGCCGCCAUCAUGGCUCAGUUCAGACACCCUAACGUUAUCAUGCUCCAUGGAGUAGUCACCAGUGGAGACCCUAUAAUGCUUGUGGUGGAAAUGGCAAAGAAAGGUGACUUGCGGAAGUUUCUAUUAUCUCUUCGACCUGACCCAGGGCAGUUAAUGCCGAGCAACACAUUGUCUAUGUUACUGAAGUUCUCUCAACAAGUUGCUCUUGGGAUGCAGUACCUCUCAGCUAAAGGAUUUGUUCACAGAGACAUGGCUGCUAGGAAUGUGCUAGUGACAACAAAUUAUCUAUGCAAGGUGGCUGAUUUUGGAAUGUCUCGAGAUCUCAAUGAUGAAAACUACUACGUCUCACAAGUAAGAGGCAUGAUCCCCGUCAAGUGGACAGCCCCUGAGGCCAUUCACUACAAGAAGUACUCGACUGCCAGUGAUGUGUGGGCCUACGGGUGUCUGCUCUAUGAGAUAUGGAGCAUUGGGCACAAGCCGUUUGAGGGAAUAUCUAAUCAAGAGGCUAUUCGACUCAUUGAUUCUGGCAAGCGUCUCCCUCCACCUCCUGGCUGCCCUAAGAUGAUCUACGAGCUCAUGAUGCUAUGCUGGCAUCCUGAGAGCUCCCAACGUCUUGUGUUUCGUGAUACUGUGUUGACGCUGGUUGGAAAUAAAGAGAGAGUUUUGAACAUUCCCGAGGAGGACUCCGCCACUAACCCACUGACUGGAGUAUUGGGAGCUCCACUGGAGGCCGGGGAGAACAUGUACUCUCAGCUGCAAAGGAGAUAUAUACAUUGAUUGUUUCCAUGGAGGUGCAACUGCAUCUGCAUUUUUUUUUUACCUCACUAUAUAUGCAAUGAUCGUUGCACCUCAAAGCUCAAUUGAACUCUAGUCCAUGCAAUGAUCGUUGAAU